UAUAGUGUUUAUUUCCACAUAUUUUUGCGUAUGGAUGGGCUGAUUCAUUAGUUGCUCCCUCCGUGUUGCUGCCUUGUGAAUGACCCCAAACUUUACGGAUUUGUGGUUUAUUAUACUGAGUGCACAACCUGCCACCGGCUCAGCUUUGGCCUGUAACAUUAACACCUCGACAGUAAUUCCGCUUUAAUCCGGUGGGGAAUGGGCAGCACCUGCAGCUGGAGGAAAAACGAAAAACUUGGAUCUUCGAUUUAUUCCUCGCAACAACUUUAAUAUUUUACGAAGUCGGGGCUUGUGUCGAGAGGCAGCUCAGCCCAGACCUGCACCCAUUAAACGCUAAAGCCAAUCCACAUGCUUAGAAAUCGGCCGUAGCUAUUAACAAUUAAUAUUGGACAUCCGGUGGCACUGCCAGCUGCGCCCCAUUUUUUAUUGUUGUCUGUGCGCUGAAAGGAGCCCCGUUGUUUCGGCUGGAUACUACGCGACGUGGUGGCUGUCUGGGCGGGGAGGCUGAGAAGUGCAGGGCUACGUCAUGUGAAGAGAGCCCGAGCCCUUGACCCUCUCGACUUUGACCCCGUCACCUCAGCAGAACACACACCGUUGACACUGUGAUCGCGACCUGACACCCCACCUGCCUCGGGCAUGCCUCAGCCGGGUAUGAAUGGGAUGGAGCCUGCAUUUGGCGAGGCCUACGGGGGCCACAGGGGCCUGCUGAGCCCCUACCCUCUGGCCAUGUCGCCACAAGGGGGCAGGACUGAGUACGACCAGAGCGUGCUCCUGAUGUUGGGCUCCCCAGCAUCGCCGCGGAAACGGCCCUUCGAGUUGCUAAGCGACCUGGUGGACGACGGGGGCUUCGGCGAGGACCUGCACCCCGAGCGCUGGGACGUGUCGGCUCUGGACGAGAUGGCCCGCUACACCAAACUGGGCCUGGGCGUCGGCGGGGAGCUAGCCUGCUCCGAGGAGGCCGUCCUGAUGGGCCGCUGGGGCAGGAGCUGGGGGGAGGAGGAGGAGGAGGAGGAAGAGGAGGAGAGGAGGAGGAGGAACGGCAAGGCGCUGAUGCACUCGACACUUUCACUGCAGGGGCCUGCCGCCCAGGAAGUCCAGGCUGCUGCUGCAGGAAGGGAGGCGGGGAAUGUCUCUGUCACCACGACGACGGAAAGGGAGCUAAGCACCAUAGGAAGGGGAGUAGGAGGAGGAGGGGAGGGAGGGGAACAAGAUGGCGGGGUGGUCAGGGCGCGUACAGUGGAGGUGUAUCAGGUGGCACAGGAGGAGGAGGAGGCGGCGGCGGUGGCGGCGGUGGCACGGGGGGUGCCAGCAUUGGCUCUGGAGCACUGCAGCGAGGAGCACAACUACUCCCUGAGCCAGGGAGGGGAGCCAGGGCCGGGGUGCGGUCACAACUCCCAGACAGAGGAGGCCCAGGCGGCGGAGUCACAGCAGGAGGUCGGGGAUAGAGAGGAGAGCCAGGCAAAGACUGAACUGGAGUUGGACGAGGAGGAGGAGGACGAAGAGGAGCAGGAGGAGGAAGAGGAGGACGAGGAAGGAGAGGAGGGGGCGGAAGAGACGACGGUGGAAGCCGAGCUCUCCAGCUCCUCUGAAACAGAAUGCGAGGUGGAAGCGGAGCCGGCCAGACGACCAGGUGAGCGUCCGUCGAAGCGCCGUUGUUUCUGGGAGUACCGGCGCACCCGGGAGUCAGCCACGAAGAAGAAGCUGGGCGGAGACAUCCACUGGUCUCUGUCCUGGAGCUCCAGCACUCUGCCCAGCACGCUGUACCGCCGCGAGGGCAAGAAGGGCCGACGCAAAGCCCGCAAGACCGACGCCAGCGACCUGACCCCGAACCCCCAGAAACUGCACAACAUCGGAGAGCAGCUGCAGAAGCUCAACGCCGCCAUCGACGGCAUGGGCCCCGUCAAUGACCUGCCCGCCGUGGCCCGGGCCCGCUCCCGCAAGGAGAAGAACAAGCUGGCCUCCAGGGCCUGCCGGUUGAAGAAGAAAGCCCAGCACGAAGCCAACAAGAUCAAACUGUGGGGGCUCAACCAGGAGUAUGAGAACCUGCUGGGGGCGCUGCUCCGGAUCAAGGAGGUGAUCCGGCAGCGGGUGGAGAGCAGCGAAGAAGAGGACACAGACGACCGAGGGAUGACGCAGCGUCUGGAGGACAUCCUCCGAGAGUUCAGCGGCCCCUUGGUGGCUGGGCGGACCAAAGACUUCGUGCAGAGGAUUUUGGCGGCCAGCGCAGUGGGGCAGAGCCAGGACAAAGACACCCAGCAAGGAGGGGACGAGGCAGAGGGCUAAAACGCACCCCACCCCACCACCACCACCACCACCGCCACCGCCACCCCUCCUCCUCCGCACCCUCCCCCCCUCCCACCCACCACUGACCCGCCCGGUGUUCUCGAGUCACAGCCUCCACGCUCAUAGCAUACGCACUCUGUCAAACGAGAGCGGAGGGAUGAAGUGGAAGAAGAGCUGCCGACGAGGAAGUGGAGGAGGAGGAGGGGGAGGCGGAGGCGGGCCUCAGGGGUGGAGGGGUGGAGGGGUGGAGGGAUUAGCCCUAAACAAAGACGGGAGUAAAUUGCCACCAUGCCCCUCUUCCUCUUGUUUCCUCCGCCACACAUGCAGCCCUCUUCACUGUUCCGUCUCCACAGGCUGCACCACAAUCCACCACCAAGCCAGAGCUGCUGCUGACUUCUCUGUGUUCUGUGUUGUGUGUGUGUGUGUGUGUGUGUGAGUGUAUGUGUGUGUGCGAGUCUGUUUGAAGUGUAUAUAUAUAUAUCUAUAUAUACAGUAUGAAUGUGUAUACUGUUUCUCUCUCCCUCUGUGUGCUGUAUUUGUAUCCCAUUGUGCCUAUGAAUAGACAUUGCACUGUUUUGUAGAUGGUCAUAGAUGUUGGCAGGGGACCAGUAGUGAGCUGAGGGCGAGGGGGCAUCUGAGGAUAGAAAGUGCAUAUAAGGAAGUGGGAGGAGCCCAGCCCGGGUAAACAAGGAGGCAGGUGUUCAUAUUUGGCAAACUGCAAGGCUGGGCCCCGAUAGAAACACUGCAUACCAUUUGAAAAGGCGUCUGAAUUGUCAGUCGGUGUUUCGUUGUGCUGUGACACAAGCACUGAAUCUUUAAAAGCUGCCCGACCGGCAGGCAGCAGCCUGCAUGUCGCGGCAAAGCCCACAGAGCUUUAAUACCCCUCCACCCCGUAAAAAAACAGAGUCAAAAGUGACAGAGCAAACUGCUAGAACGCACCUUAAUUCAAACUGACCAAAGAAAACUGAUACUGCUGAACCUGUCCCGGGACACCUCGCAGACCAAGCCUCUCACUGCUUCAGAUGCUGCCAACCAUUGACAACCACCGUCAUGUUUGGGGGUAAAAAUCACUGACUGAAAUACUGAUUUUUGUAAAACCCAGAUGAAAGGACUUCUGCUCACCCAAUGCACUACCACUGAGGAGCUGAGAGGCCCGCGGGGUAUGUCCGGCGCACAGGAAAUGACCGAAAUUUUCACAUUUGGUCAGCCUUUAGCUGUACAGCCCGGUGCUCCAUAGCUGUCUGCACCGGCUGUGUUGUUACCCACAAAAGGGAAGAGUCCUCAAUGCCUUCCCCAAGCCCUCUCCUCAACCCCUGACCUGAUUAUGUAGCGCACCUUCCUGAAUUGCAAUGACAAAUAGUCAGACAAAAAAACACUUGUAGAGCUAGAAAGCAAAUAAGUUUUUUUGUUUUUGUUUUUUUUUUUGUUUUUUGUUUCAUUUUUGUUGUUAUUUGGCAAAGCCACAGCCCACGUAGUGGGCUUGAUCUCGAGUUUUGAAAUCUGCCUUUCUUCGGUGGUCUUUGCUGAAGCUAGACCAAGUUGUCCAAGGUCUCUAAAUGUUGUCGGACAUAAAAGUCAAGGACCCUUUGAAUUGCACUGUGGUAAGAGCAACUAAGCACCUUCAAAGAGGGCUUCAGAUCCUCCAAAAAAAAAAAAAAAAAAAAAAGAAAAGAAAAGAAAAAAAGAAAAAAAAAAGACUCUUGGCACCUUUUUAUAAAGACGAUUAUCGAUUGAGACUGGCUGUGAGUGGUCAAUGGGUUUUGGUGAACCGGUGGUCUAGGUUUGUUUCAGUAUGGUGCUACUGUGCGAGAAAAAAAAAAAAAGAAAAGAAAAGCAAUGCAAACCUUGGUGGAGGUAUCAGGCAGUGACUGCUGACUGGGUUUUGGCCUGAGAGCACAUACAGUUGUAAUAGGCAGUUUGUUUGCAUAAUGACGCCUUUCUGAAGUGCCUGGAGCUUAAAGCCACGGGGACCUGUGUUAUUAUGCCUGAUCUUCACCCUGUUACGAGGUGAGACCGAACCCUCGACUACCGCCCAGAGCUUGACCCGACUUGACUUGAGCUGGAAAAAAAAAAAAAAAAAAAAAAAAACUGCAGGUAGAAGGUAGGCCCUAUUUAUCACACAUUCAGCCAAAAAAAAAAAAAAAGAAAAGAAAAAAAUCUUAACCAAAAUAAGUUUUUUUCACACGCAAAUCUAAAACAUGAAAUUAACUAGCUGGUCCCAGUCUCUGUGGGCGGCAUCCCUGGGAAAUACGAGGAGGUUAGCGGUGAUAUGUUAAGCAAUAGCCUUUUGUUUUUCAACCUUUAAGAGCUCCUGUCUGGGCUGCGCUCCAAAGCUGUUCUAUAACGCGGCGUCCCACUCCUAUGGAAACUCCAUUUCCUGUCUCAACUGGGAGAGGAGCAGUUAACCUUCAACUAUUCAACCCUCGAAGAUCUCAUUCAUGGCCAUUUUCGAAAGCAGCGGGCACAUUAGUUCGGGGCGUUUGGUCUUGGCCCCCGGUUUAUCUUCUGGAUCCUUUGAUUUCUCUCAAACAUGGUUCAUCUAAUGAGUCUGAGGUUUGAGCAUUUGCAUGGUAAACAGAGGAUUCCUGCCCAAUUCGGCUAGGGUAAAGUUUCUUCGUGGAAUAUUGCAGCUGGUGAACAGAGCUCUUAAGCACUAUACACGAAUCUGAUGGCAAAGACAGAUGGUCUGGGUUUUUUUUUUUUUUUUUUUUCUUCAAGAAAAGAUAGUGUCUGAUGGGAACCGACAAGCAUUUUGGCUGUGAUGCUCAACACUUGCUACUGGGAACGCUUUACUAUUUCAUCGCCACUACGAAAACUGUGUCCGCAUCGUCGGGUCAAGAAUGCGAUCGCUCCAGAGCGAGAAUGACCUGCAAAGCAAGUCGGGCAAGGUCAGCAGGACCGGUGGAAGGAAACUCAGUUGCAGGCUGUUUGGCUAAAAUGGCGCUGGGCUCUGCCACUGUUACUGAGACGUGCAUUCCCCCUCCCACUUGUCUCUGGGCUUGGGAAGCUGGCAGCGCUGCCAAAAGAGUCACUGGAUCUCAUGCUGGCAGCAACCUCCUUCACAUGCCCUCCUGCAACAACAAACAAUGACGGCCACAGACAGGAAGCAGCGGCUGGGUGCAGAAAAGCAGCCACAGACGUCUCCAUCGUUGAAAACACUGUUCUGUUUAUCUGCCACUUCAGGAUGUUUAGGUUUCAGGGUCGAAACUUUGAAUGCAAAAGUUUGUCCUGAUGUUUUCCCUUUUUUCUCCGAAGCGGUGUUAUGUAACACGGCGCACCAUCUGUGUACAUUGAUCCAUAUGCCAAAAACUAAACUGAAAAGAAAACAUUUUGACUGCACUCCCUUUGUUACACGGCGAAUCCUCCCUGCACAUUCCAGCAGGAGGCACGUUGCUCGGGUUUACCCGGCUAGAAAGUUUCAGUCGGUAAUGUAGCACUGCCCUCGUCUGAGGAAAGAAACAAACCUCUGACAGAUGAAAGUUUUUUGGAAGAUGGCAUAUCCCUUUAACUGUAAAGCUUUAAUGGGGAGUGGCCAGUCUUGGCAAGGCCACUUGUCUCCCUUACAUUCCUGCCACAGUUUCCCAGAAAGCUUGUGUACAUGUGUACCUGGAACAGCGAGGCCGAUCUGCCAGGGGAAACUAGUCGAUUCAGAGCCCUCAAUCCUCCCUCUGCCCGCCCCGUGUGGCAGAGAGAUCACCCUCUGCUGACCCUGACACAACAUGCACCACGUUAGGUCAGCCCCCUGCGCCUGUUUUCAUCAUGUUCACGGCAGAGUAAGCUAAAGCCGGUAUUUACACAACACAGAACCGAUGCUCUCAGCUUGCAAAUUGAGCCGGCUCUGCCCUAAUAUGGACAAUGACUAAGGAGAAACGGAGCGAUUCUUAUCUGAGUCGCUUCCUCAUCGGGUGUCAGAGCCAGAGACGGGGAGAGCUCACCGGCUCAGAUCCCUGCCUCUCGCUGACAUGCGUGCUGCCCUCUCAGAGAGGAACGUUGAGGAAGAGAAAGUUGUAAAUUGCCUCACAAAGGCUUUAUCCACCUCCGCUGCUGAGCUCUGUAAGGCUGCACAAGACAGCGGCGCUUUCAAGCUCCCAAGAGCACACGUUCUGCUAAAAUGUACACACACAAAAAAAACCCAAAACAUUUUGGAUUAUGACGUAUUUUUCCUGCUCAUGGAAAGCUCACCAAAUUUCAGAGACAUCUGCUCUUAUCAGCAGGGCUGUUGAUGACAAGAUCUGCUCCUAAUGAAUUCAUGAAAUGGUUUUGGGGAUUCAGAGAAAAGGGGCGGACAAAUUAGGACGAAGCCAAAUCCUGGUCACCUUCGGGGACGGCCUGUAAGUCUGUGUACCUGUCCUUUGGAGGUCCUGCUUCUAAAAAAAUCUAGCUGCUGUCGCUGCUGUAUGGUCGUGUUUGUUCCCUGCCCUGCACCGAGGCUCCUCGCUCCAUCUGCGUCCACGCCGGCACACUUUGCCUGAACUGUCCAAACUCUGAUGAGGUGAGGUGGAGCGAGGCGGGUGGCCACUCGGGGCGCGGACGAAUCCUCAUCGCAGAGGUGGCGCUUGGACGUGGAGAGGCGCCCUGUAGCAGAGCGGCCGCGAGGCGGUGUGACUGCAGUGGCUGCGGCCCAGGCCGGGCUGAGGCGCUCUGAAUAGACCCGUCAGUAAGACUACACUGGUGGGACGCUGUUGACCUCUGCGUGCCCGUCCCCACUCUGCUCCAGCGCUCACAUUGUCGGAGACACUCGGGCGUCUCCGGUUUCAAAGGCACCGGGCCUCCGGGCCGAGGCGGCCUGGGGAAACGGCACUUAGCCAGGCCUUGGAGUAGCUUAUCCAAAACCUUUUAAUCCCCCUCCCUCCACACACCCCCGAACCCCUCCUCCACCCCCCCGUCCCACAGGCUGACGGCAGCAGAGGAGGGCUCCAGUCGAAUGGCUGCCUGCCUCUCGACAGUCCCCCUGUGUCGCUGAUCUGAAAACCUCCAUCUGGCGGGGCGUGUGUGUGUGUGUGUGUGUGUGUGUGUGUGUCUGUGGGGUGGGGGGGGUGUCUGGUUAGACCUGUCCACAUGGGUUUUUGGUAUCAGUGAGGCUGAGGUGGGGAAACUUACACUGAGGCUCACCUUGUGGCUUUAACCAAAACCGAGUCAGUCGUUUCUGUCGUGUGCGGUGAGAGAGUCUGAAUCCGCUCGUGGAUGUGAACGGGAAGAAGGAAGGAGAAGAAAAAAAAAAGUAGCAGGAAAAUAAAUGGUGAUCUCCCGUUACAAAUUAAAGGGUAGUUGCGUAUCUGAAAAAACAUCCUGGCUAGAGAAAAAAAAAGGACUGAAUAAUCACAUCCCUGCUGGUUCUUUAAUCCACUUUGAAAGCACGUAAGAAAGACCAGAGGAACGAAAAACCAAGAGAACAGCAAACAUUCCAUAACGCCAUGUCAUAUAAUGUACAGCAAUCCCUACUUCUGUCUGUCCCCUGUCCCUCCUUCUGUCUGUCUUUCAGUAACCCAGUAAUCACAAUACUACAGUAAUACUUUGGACCUGUUCAUUAACACAUCUUUAUGUACAACCCCUUUGUCAGUAAGUAACCUUAAGAAAAAUGUUU